AUGCAGCCUCUUCUCCCGGGUCCACAGCGAAUUCUGCAGUCACUCAGUGGACCUCUGGGCUUGUUGGCAUCUAAUAGCCCCUUGUUUGGAGGGGUGCACCAAACAGAUACCAAGUUUUCUGCUUGUUCAAGGCCAGAAUUAAGCUGCAGGACCCAGUUCCAGAGCCAGGAUACAUGUUGUUUCAACUACCCGGGAGGACACUUCCUGCAAACCCAAUUCUGGGAUACCGACCCAGCUGUUGGUCCAGACGACUCUUGGACGAUACACGGAUUGUGGCCAGACCACUGUGAUGGGGGAUUUGACCAGUACUGUGACAGCCACAGGCGGUAUAGCAACAUAUCGUUGAUUUUGGUUGACUCCGGUCGAGGAGACUUGCUUGAGUAUAUGCAAACCUACUGGAAAGACUUCCGUGGAGAUGAUCCUGAUUUAUGGGAACACGAGUGGAAUAAGCACGGGACUUGCAUUAGCACUCUAGAGACCAAGUGCUACUCAGAUUAUGUCCCGCAGGAAGAGGUUGUUGACUAUUUUGACAAGUCCGUUGAUCUGUUCAAGGGACUGCCUUCCUUUGAGACUUUAUCAAAAGCUGGCAUCGUUCCAUCCCACGACGAGACCUAUGAUUUUGCCGACAUUCAAGAAGCCCUUGAUGCUGCACAUGGAGCUCAAGUUACUGUGCGAUGCCGUAGAGGCGCAUUGAACGAAAUCUGGUAUCACUUCAAUGUUGCCGGUCGACUCCAAACCGGAAGGUUUGAGCCGGCUGAUGCAGUUGGUGGAGGAUCAAACUGCCCUAGAUCAGGCAUUCGCUAUAUUCCAAAAAAGCCAGCGCCAACCCACCAGCCUCACCCUACAGUCACAGAUGCUCCCGGAGGACCUGAGCCUACCGGUCCCGUGCAGACGCGUAAAGGAAAUCUCAGAGUGUAUACUUUGAAUCAACAGCGCGGGUGUCUAAUCAGCCGUGGCACGUGGUUUACUUCUGGCACUUGUGCAACAUUCAAAGCGAAGGAUGUUACAGACGGGUUCCAUGUCGAGUCUCGGCGAGGUCCUUGUGGUUUUGUUAAAGACAUUUUCACUUGCGGUCAUCAAAUACGAAACCCAGCGCUUUUCACUAUCAACGACAACAAUAUUCUCGUCUAUAGUGGAAACAGCACUUUGUUCGCCGACAAGGCGCCCAAAGGCCAUGUCCAGAGUAAAAUCUUUGCUCAUGAUGGAAACGGGGAACAUGCUAUUGAACUGAGUAUAGCUUGGUUUGAGACAUAG